GCAUCACUAAAUGUUUCCAGUGGCAGUUUAAGCGCAUUUGGUUUAACAAGUUUUUCUCAACGAAUAUGUCUUUGAGUGGCAAAAAAGUUGUAGUUACAGGCGCUGGGCAAGGAAUUGGUAAUGAAUUAUGCAAGACAUUAAAUAAAAUUGGUGCACACGUCGUUGCUGUUUCGCGUACAGCUGGUCCAUUGGAAUCCCUAAAAGCUGAUUGCCCAUCUAUUGAGAUAAUACAAGUGGAUCUUAGUGAUUGGAACGCAACCACUGAGGCGCUGAAAGGAAUAGAUCGAGUCGACGGUCUAGUGAACAACGCUGGCAUAGCAAUUAUUAAACCCUACGGGGAACUUUCUGAAAAAGAUUUCGAUGAUACGUUCAACAUUAACAUAAAAGCUGCGUGGCAUGUAUGUCAGUUGUUAAUACCGAAGAUGCCAGCUGGUGCAAGCAUAGUAAACCUAUCCUCGCUGGCAGGUCUUAAGGCUUUUGCAGGACACUCGGUUUAUUCUAUGAGCAAGGCGGCAUUGGAUGCAAUGACAAAAAGCCUGGCAUGUGAAUUGGGACCCCGGAAAAUCCGUGUGAACAGUGUGAAUCCGACGGUGAUCCUUACCCGUAUGGGCCGAGAAAACUGGUCUGACCCCGUCAAAGCGGAUCCUCUAAUUGCAAAAAUACCUUUAGGACGGUUCGGAGAGGUGAGCGAAGUGGUUGAGCCUAUCGUCUAUUUAUUGAGUGAUAAGUCAAACUAUAUCAACGGUCACUGUUUACCGAUUGAAGGUGGAUUUUUGGCUGGAAAUUGAUUGUACAUUAUCAUAUAUUGUUUAAUAAAUCCGUUUAUUAUGCUCAAC